AUGUGUGGAUCUAGGAACGCGUCCCUCGGCCGAUCGUGCCAAAGGUCGGCGGACGGCGUGCGGAUCGCCUCGUCCAAUACUAUAGAGGCGCUGAUGGAGGACGACUUCAAGCUGAUAGUAAACGACAACGAGUACCUCGUCAACACGCCACGCCAGGAGAAGCUCACAAAGGAGGAACUGCGCAGACUAUCAGAUGUUCGUAAUCUCGUUCAUCAACUCUACGAAGCUCUGAAUGUUGAAGAGCAUCAGCUGAAUAAGGAGCGCGAGCUCUGUGGUCACCUGGAGGAGCUGAAAGUGGAGCUGGAGCCUCUGGAAAAGGAUGUUGCAGUAAGGCGUACUAAUGUUCUCACAUGGGUUGGAUUAGGACUCAUGUCGGUGCAGUUCGGCAUUCUAGCAAGACUUACUUGGUGGGAGUAUUCUUGGGACAUUAUGGAGCCAGUCACUUACUUUGUUACCUAUGGGACUGCAAUGGCUGCAUAUGCUUACUUUGUGCUUACUAAGCAGGAAUAUGUGCUGCCAGAUGUGAAGGACAGGCAGCAUCUUAUUGUUCUACACAAGCGGGCACGCAAAGUAGGUCUUGACCUGAGUCGCUACAAUGAGCUAAAGGACAGUGUUUCCCGCCUGGAGGCAGACUUGCAACGGUUGCGCGAUCCCCUGCAGCUGCAUCUGCCUCCCCAUCAUUUGCACAAGAGCUUGUCUGCCAACCUUCCAAAGUCCACCCUCGACCACAUCCGGCACCUGCUCAAAAAGAAAACCACCUCUUCAUCAUCGUAAUAGUAACUGCCGGCUUACUUAUUAAACCUUUUUUGUACAUAUUUAACUUUUGCAAAUAGACGAGUCACUGAUGUGAACACACAGUACCUAUACUUCUGUCCAGGGUACUCUGCCAGACUUAACUUUUGAUUUUGUUGCAUGACGGGUGCUACUAGAAUCCUGAUUAUUACUGAGGAAUUGAGAUUCAAGUGAGUGUGAUACAAAUAAAUAUCCAAGUAAGGCAGACACGUGUUCAUUUGCUGUAAAGAUUCUAGUUUUGUCGGCUUGACUUCCUGAAAUUAACUUCAACUACCUACACUUCAGUGACUGUCAUACCUGGAAAUUGUAUAUAAAAGGAAAAGGGUAUGUCCUUGAAUGGGCUGAGCUGGAUCUAGUGUGCUCAUCUAUUAAGCAGAGUAUUUGUAUGAGAAAUACAUGAAUGUAGGUUAUAAAAAGUUCAAAACUACCUUCCCGAAUCUCAUAGGUAUGAAAGUGAAUUAUAACAUACCUUCUACAAACUAAAAUUGUUAAAAAAAAUUAUAUAAACAAUUGGAAAACCUAUAAAAAGUGAAGACUUAUUGUAUUGUUUAAGAAAUUAUGCUCAAUAAUUGUACACCAAGAGAAAAUGUUAACAAAUCAAAGUUGCUGAUUAUUAACUUGUAGAAUAAAAGCAAACCUGUUCAUGAAUAAGUGAUGCUUUUGUGCUUGCAUCAUUACCAUACACAAGUAAAAAUAUUAUAAAAUUUCUUGAAAUGUGUAAUUAUCAAAUUAAUGAUUAAUGUGUUAAUAUAAAUAUGGUAGUUUUUGUAUACAUAUUGAAAAUACAUAUUUUGAGAAUGAUUGGCUUGAAACCAGUUACUGAAAUGGCAAGCCAAGCUAAUUUUCUCCGUUUGAGUUUCUUAGUUGUCAUGAUAUUUGUCAUUCACUUUAUUAUAAAGAGUACAGAUAAAUAGUAAUUAUACUAAACAAAUUUUUCUCUCUGGUGAUGCACAUUUCUAGGAGAUUUCAGUUAAUGUGUAUAAAUAUUUCAUUAUUUCUCAUUUGAAAUAUUAAUUUUCUAAGUUUAGAUCGUGGUAGUGGUCAGUUUCCUGUUUCUGAAAAAUUGGCAUUUCUUUUUCUUCUUUUAGAAAAGUACUUAAUUAAUUUUAAAUAGUAUAUUAAUUGAAUUUACUGAAAGUGUUCACCUGGUUUUUGUUUAUUGAACAUUUAAUUAAUUUUAAUUUGCCCCUAUGUUGUAGAAGGAAACAUUUUCAUCCCUUCAGUUGCUAAUAUGCUUAAAAAUCUUUGCUCUUAAUAAUUAAAGCCACGACACUACAUGAAAAGUGUGUGCUUUAUGAGUUUCCUUGUGGAAAUUAUUUUUGCUUGCUUACGUAUUUUAUUUGUCAUUUGACGUUAAUAUAAGCAAUGCUCAAAAGAUUGUUUCAUCUUAAUUCUACUACAGCAGUUACAUGAAAUAGAGGAAUAGGUUUAAAACUAGAAUUAAAAUAGAGUUGAUGCAGGGUCAUUAGCAUGUUGAUCUUGCAAAGAAAUUUUUGGGAAAGGUCUGUUUCAAAUACUUCUCAAGACUAUUUACAAAAGUAAGAGGCCAAGUUGCAGAAUGACAUAGAUUAUGAAUUAAGACUAAUCUCUCUUUAAUUUGGGCAAUUUGACUAGGGAAAAAAAAAACAACUUUAAUCUCUAUACUUCCCAUAAUUCCUAACUCUUUAUCUUGUAGAUUGAUGCGAGUCUCAGCAUGCCCUCGCAUUAAUGCUUUGGAUAGCGGAGUGUUGCAUGAGAACUGUUUUCAAUUCUUCUUUCUGAGGAGAUUGAAAUGGGCAAGCAAUAUAUAGAUUGCAUUUUCAUUGAAAUUUGUGCAAUAUUUAUGCAUUUAUAUAUUGUUCUGGUAAAUAUGUCAAAGAGUUUCAAAGAAGACAAGAUUUGGAGUUAUUAUUAGAAUUUAUUACAUUGUAAUUACUAUUACUAAUUACUGAUAAUUUUCUUCCCAUUGAUAUAAUUCAUUUCAUAGAUUACCUUAAUAUAUAUUUAUACAAACACUUUCAAAAUUUCUAAUUUAAAUUUGCUGGAUUUGGAGCGUUGAUUUGUAUGAAAAUGUAAUUUAAAAAACAACCCAAGUAGAAGCACGUUUUGCACAUUUUGAUCUGCUGCUCUUGUGAGGGCCUUGCAGAGAAAUAUGAAAUGCUAAAAUUGCUGAGAAUUAAGUCCUCUUAUAAAUUGGGACUUUGUUAUAUAUUUCAUGUUAUGUGUGUCAAUUUCCUUAUUAUGUAUUCAUUGCUCUUUGAAUUAUAAUGGAAUCCAAGAAAAGGUAACUAUUUUUCUGUGUCUGUUGCACAAUUGAAUGUCCUCAAAUGCUUUUGCUCACUGUUGGGGUAAUAUAAUUUUGUGCACUUUGCACUGAAUGGAAAAAUAUCUUUCAUUCUUUUCCACUAUCCUUUUCUUCACAAUGUUCAGUGGUUGUAGAACCUUGUUUGGGAUAGAUUUAGAAGUGAUAUAAUGUGAUGAUACCACUAAAAAGACGUACAUCGAAGCAUUUAUACAUGCUCAAUAAAUAAAAGUUUUAGUUUAUGAGUUGGAGAGAUAUGGUCUGAAAAUGUAGAGGUUGGAAUCUAGCUUCUGCCUUUCAAGUUCAUGAAACCUCUCACCGCAGUUUGUAUAUUUGUUAAUAUUAUUUGAAACCUGAAUCUUAUUUUUGAAUUUGUUGUAGUUGCUACUGAUUGGGCAGUGAGUGGCUGAAGUAAGCCAGGCUACACUCUGAACAUUAAGUCAUUUUUUUGUUGUACACUCUUGCUUACGUGAUUGUUUUCAUGUAUCCCACUUAUAAUCUUCCUUUGUGUUUAAUUUUUUCUGCUACUAUUGUAAUUUUGUUAUGAAAGGGAAAUUUAAUUUGUUUUAAAUUGUAAAAUAUAUUUUACUAUUAUUGGUUGAUCACAUCAGUAUUGGUAUUAAAAAAAAUUGUUGUCACUGACAUUCUUUUUAAAUGAUUUGGGUAGUUAAGUUACAGAUGGACUGAACAGAAGAGUAGUUUCAAUGUUCACUUCUUGCCAUCACAUUUACAUCCUCCACUUGACUCUUUCAAUAUUAGUGCAAUGUACUAGUGUUGAAACAAAUGUAAGAAAGAUCUUUGCUUCUAGAUAAAAUAUUGGCAAAAUGAAAAUGUUUGUAUUUUCCAUGUUGCUUUUAGGUCCCUGGUUUUUAGAAACAAGUGAUAAAAUUAUUUCAAACAAUCAGAGUGAAGAGAGAUUGUUGGCAAAGCAAAGCAAGUUUUCAAAAUGUAUUGAAGAAAUAUAAAAUGAGGCCUAGGAAUAUGAUGAAUUACAUUACAAAAAUCACUUACAAAACAAUCUAAUGAGAUAACCUAUCGAUUUAUUUUGCCAAGCAAUAGAAAAUAAAUUUAUUCGUAUUUGUUUUGGUAUUUGGUUUCGGACAGGAACCUUGUCCUUAGAUAACGUUUCGUACAUAGAUUCUUCUGGACUAUCAAACUUUAUCCACAAACCUUUCUAGCCUACCUUCCAAAUGAUAUAAGUAUAACAAUUCAGGUAGGCUUUAAGUUUGCAUGUGGUUGCAGUGCAUAGUGGAAGACAUAUUUAAGAAUCAGGUGGGUGCUAAAGUUUAUUUUGCAAAAUAGUGGUUUUAUAGUGUAAGCAGACUAUAAAGUUAAUAGCAAGAGCAACCAUGAAUGCUGUCUUGAUGUUUCUUUUUUUCAACGUUACACUUUUUUUUAUCUUCCUUUUUCUCAGUUUACCUGCUUUAAAGCAACUAAAUGAAUUUAAACAUUCAUGUGGUAAAUUUGUUUUUUGUUUGUUAUGUGAUAUGAGAAUUUUUUUGCCAGAAUUAAUAUUGUUUAGAAUGUAAUUGUUUUAAAGUUUUUGUUUUAAGUGUAAGGCAGCAUUAUGUGGUUGUAAUAACUAAUCAUGACUUGCAGAAAAAGAGUAUUACAAGUUUUAAACAGUGCCAAUCCAAUGCACAGUGUUAUGUAUAACAGUUUAUAGAAAGUUUUCAAUCAGGUCCAGUUGUAAAGUAUGAAAAUGUAGUAUGUAAAUAGUAAAUAUAUGCUUGUUCUUUUUUAGAAUGAAAUCAUUGCCUAAGCUAUUUGCUAUUGCAAUUGUUAAACAGAUCCUACUGUCCAAAAGAGCUUAUGAAUCAUAGCCAAUUUUAAGUAAGUUUUUGUUGACUAUAAGCAAAGAAAAAAGUAUAUAUAAAUAAAAAUGCAUUUGUGAAUGUUGUUAUUAAGUGAUUUAAUCCAUGCUAUUGUAACUUUAGAACAAAUGACAAAACUGCUGUCAUUGUAUGUUCCCUUUUUAAUUGCUGUGGCCUUUAUUUGUGUGUAAGAAGCACAAGAUAUUCUUAAGAAUCAUACUGUUAUAUCAGAGGAAGUUACUUGAGA